GCAUGACGUCUAUAGUAAGUCCUGAUAAGAAACCUAAAUGACAACACUGGAGAGAUUUGUAGAACGUAGGUGUAUACGCUGACAUUCUCUCAAUACUUUAACUAUGAAAUACAUAUCCGUUAGAGUUAUACUCUGCAUUAGUGUUCUAACAUUUAGCACAGCUGUAAGGAAAAGUUUCUUCCACAAACGUUUUCUACUUGCACACGACCAAAAUAACGCUGGUAAUUGUGAUGCGGAUAUUUUAAAAACUCAUUAUAAUGACGUCACCAUCCGAUCAUCAAGUGAACUUUACCAUGGUGAUUCAGUACAUGAUUUUAGCAUAUCAAGGGGAUUAAUUGACUCUAAAGAGUACACAGGCAGUGAUGGAGUGACACAUAUGGGAUCGUGGUCUGCUAACUUUAACAAUUUUCGUCAAUUUAUAGAGAUACAGAUGAAGAAAACUUUCAACCUAACAGGCAUAGUAACUCAAGGUAGAUAUGGUUGUUGUCAGGAAUGGGUUGAGUCUUAUCGUAUACUGUAUAGCGAUGAUUGCAACAGCUGGCGGGCACUAGAUAGUAAAAGCGGCGCUCUCUUUACAGGCAACUCUGACGAAAACACAAAAGUAACCAAUACGUUUGAUGAACCUUUUGUUGUAAAAUGUCUGCGUAUAAAUCCAAUCAAAUUCCAUAACCAUAUAUCAAUGAGAUUCGGGUUGAUUGGACACCCCGUGCAGCCAGAUGGUUCCUGCAGUCCGCAGUCGUCUGCUUCAUCGUCUUCGCCGAUUAAAGUAACACAACCAUCUACAACAACUUCACAACCACGAAAAAUAACAACAUUACAGACAAUGCAAGGCACUGGUAAAUGUCAGAGCUCUCCAUGCAUUAACAAUGGUAUAUGUAGAAAUACACAGACCAGUUACCAGUGUUUCUGUCCAAGCUCAGAUAACGGUAGAAUCAUAUAUUCAGGAAAACAAUGUCAGAUUGUACUGGACACAUCGAAAAUAGGAAAAGAUUCAACAACAUUGCCAACUACAAUGAUCACGGGAUGGGUUCAUAUACCUGGAUGAUAAAUCUUAGAGGAUAAUUGAUUGUUGCUAUAUAUCUUUUUCAUUUAUUGUUUUGUUUAUAAAUAUGGCUGUUGGU